AUGGCGGGCUUUGGAGGGUUUGGGGGCUUUGGUGGCGGCUUCGCAUUUGGCGCUCCGGCAGCCUCCAGCGCGGCAGCCUCGCCCUUUGGCACCCCAGCUAGCUCGGCAGGCCUCAGCUUUGGCGCGGCAUCGACGCCAGCCUUCGGCUUUGGCGCACCUAGCUCCGCUGCGGCAGCCACCCCUGGGUUUGGCGCCCCAGCCAGCUCGGCAGCAGCAGGGGGCCUGAGCUUUGGAGCUCCUGCUAGCGCUGCAGCUCCCGCGGUCGGCGGCUUCAGCUUUGGUGCGCCGGCAUCCUCUGCCGCCGCCGCCGCUCCCGCCUUCACAGGCUUUGGUGCCGUUGCAGCCAGUACGCCUGCAGCCGCGGCUCUGGCAUCCUCUGCAGCUGCGGGCCUGAGCUUUGGCGCCCCAGCAGCCACAGGUGGCUUCAGUUUUGGGGGCGCCAGCAGUGCCGCAGCCACUGGAUUGAGUUUUGCGGCACCAGCCAGCGCCGCGGCUGCCAGCACCGGCCUCAGCUUUGGCACCCCGGCAAGCUCGGCCGCCGCCGGCACCGGCCUGAGCUUUGGCGCACCAGCCAGCGCUGCGGCUGCCAGCACCGGCCUGAGCUUUGGCGCCGCACCUACCCCUGCGGCAGCCACUGGCGGCGGGUUCAGCUUUGGCGGUGCACCCGCGGCAGCAUCCUCCGCAGCAGCUGCCGCAGGCACCUCUGCCCCGGCCUUCUCGUUUGCCUCGGCACCUGCAGCCGCAUCCAGUGCCGCAGCAGCAGCGCCGGCAACAGGUGCCGGCUUCAGUUUCGCAAGCGCCCCCGCAGCCGCCUCGUCGGCGGCCCCGGCGGCCUCUGCAGCGGCAGCCUCCACCCCAGCAUUCGGGUUUGGCGCGGCCUCCACCCCCGCAGCAGCAGCAGCCUCUGCGCCCACGGCAGCAGCUGCCAGCGCGCCUGUUGCGGGGGCCCCCGCCGCAGCCGGGACCACGCCGGUGGCGGCGCUGCAGGCACCCAGCGAGGUCAAGGGCAAGCCAGUGGACGACAUCAUCAACGAGUGGAAUGCUGAGCUGGAGGCCCGCUCCCGAUCCUUUGUGAAGCACGCAGAGGCGCUGGCGCAGUGGGACUCGUCCAUCCUGUCCAACCGCCGUGCGCUGCUGGAGCUGGAGGAGGAGCUGCGGCGGGUGGUUCGGGGGCAGGAGAGUCUGGAGAAGAAGCUGCAGAUGCUGGAGACGCACCAGAAGGGCAUCCACGAUGCGCUGGUGGGCAUGGAGGGGGAGGCGGAGCGGCUGUACCGGGAGGAGCGCCCGCUGCUGGACGACGACUCCAGGGAGCGGGACCGGCUGUACGAGCGGGCGGAGAAGGUUGGCGCGCUGCUGUCUCACCUGGGGGAGCAGCUCAAGGAGGCCAUCGCUGACGUCAACGACUCCACAUCCGCCAGCCUGGGCGACACCGCCGCGCCGCUGGGCAAGGCCGUGCGCAUCCUGAACAACCAGCUGCAGGCGCUGGCGCAGGCGGAUGCCCGCAUUGAGGAGCUGUCGCAGCGGGUGGCAGACCUGCACCCCAACUGA